CACAAUAAUUUUGUAGGUAAUAAUAGUAUACUUAGGCAAAUGCUAUUUAUUGCGGAAGUAAUGGCUUCCGAAAUUUUAAUUGCAGUAGUUUAUAAUAAUAUAAAUUAAAGUUAAAUGUAAUAUUACUACAAACUUUUCUUGAUCAGUGACAAUUUAUAAAAAAAUACAAUGGAUUGGGUUUGAUGAAUACAUUAUUUUCCUAUUCAAGCCUUUAACAUCUCAUCUCGCCAAAAGUGUACAAAGAAUGAUCCUCUAAUUUUCAUGUAUGAGAAGUGGAUCUUUUUAAAGAGUAAAUAAUAAAUUCAUAUUGGUAACCACUCAGUGUUUAUAAAGUAUUAACAGACUUUAAUGUCACACAAUUCAUCUUGGAGGAUACUAAAAAGACAAGCAUCGGAAUGAUUUGUUUACAAUGAAAUAACGCUCAUGGAAAAAUGUCGAUAUUAGGAAACACAAACAAUCCGGAAGAAGACAGUAUGUCUGAAGAGGAUAUGAUGGACAGUGAGGACGAAGAUGAAACAAUCGCUAGAAUACAACGCGCUCAUUUUGCGCAAGCUGCCGCUAUGAACCCUCGUCGGCGGCCGGCAGCAAAACCGAGACGCAUGAGCCAGAAGAGAAAAAUAGAAGCUGUACGAAAUUUCCACGACUUUACUAAAAAACUUAAAAAAGACACUGGUAUAAAGAUACGAAGUUUAGGUGGUGAUGAUUUAUUAGAAUUUAGUGAUUUUUCUAGUGAGGAAAACAAUACUGAUAGUGAUGGUUUAUCAGAAGAGGAAUUUACUGUAGAUCCUAGUGCAGUGAAAGAGUUAAGUGAAGAAAACGAGAGCUAUAUUGAUCCUGAAACUGGUGACUUUGUCGAGGCUAAGUUAAAGGGAGCAGAUUCAAAAAGUUCUGUGACCUUGGAACCAACAUCAUCGGAACAGCAGUUAGAACCUAAAACCCUUUCAAUUAGUGAUAUAAUUGAUGAAAGUGGGCUAGAUUUGUCAAAAAAUGUUGAAAUAACUGAGGUUGAAGAAAGCGACUUGUGUCCAGAAAAGACUUCUGAAGAAUUAUUGGAUAUUAAAGAAGAUAGUAGUAGUAGCCAGAAUUUUGAUAUUACAGAAAAGUUAAAAGACAUGGGAGAAAUAAGUGUAAACCCAGUAAAUAAAACAGAAGAUGAAGAUGAUAGUAAUAAAGCGGAAGAUGAAGAAGAUGAGAAAAAGCUUAAUUCAAGUGCAUUGAAUGUUCGCCGCAACAUCAGGGAAGUAAUGGAUGAAAAGAAUUUAGAUGCAUCAACAUUGACAGCUCAAAGGCAGGAGUCUGAGCGUUUAGCCAGAGUUCAAGAGCAACAGAGAAUCAUAAGAGAGGUACAAAGACAAAUAGCUAUAAAUAGACAAAAUAAAAUUCAUCAAAAAACCAUAUCGCUUUUACAAGGAUCAUCAUUACUAAAGAAAGGAGCUGCACAAAAACUUAAUUUACCAAACACAGUAUUAGUGAAAUUACCUUCUGGGGAAAUAGUUAAAAAGACAACCACUAAGCAGGGCCAGUUGGAAGUGACGAAAGUACCUAAACCUACUACAUCAGCCUCGGCUUUGACUCAAAAGUUAAAGUUGGAGCAAAAGGGAGAGAAAAAGGAGGUCGUGGAAAUAGUUGAUAGUAGCACCGGUGAGGAGUCGUCAUCAUCAUCAUCUGAUUCCGAUGAUUGUAUAAUGCUGUCGGAUUCAGAAGUUCCGCCUAGCCCUGAAGCUGAAGAGGACCCUGGUAAUUCAGGCCUUCAUGUAAAUGAUGCAUACAAUAUGCCGGAUGAACAAGGAAGGGUACAGAUAAAUAUAGGACAUCCAGAAAAUGAAGAAGACAUAUUUUUAGCUCCACAAAUUGCAAGAAUCAUUAAACCGCAUCAGAUUGGAGGUGUUCGAUUUCUCUUUGAUAACAUAAUUGAGUCAACAGAGCGGUUUUCCAAUUCGACCGGUUUCGGAUGUAUUUUGGCACAUUCGAUGGGAUUGGGAAAGACAUUACAAAUUGUUUGCUUUUGUGAUAUAUUCCUGAGACAUACUAGUUCAAAAACUGUGUUGUGUAUUAUGCCUAUAAAUACUUUGCAGAAUUGGGUUGCAGAAUUUAACAUGUGGCUUCCGGUGGAUGCGGCCACCAGCCCCUUAGCGGCUCACGGCGAAGUCAGGUCAAGGAACUUCCCGAUAUAUGUGUUAAAUGAUAGUCACAAAACUCUACAAAUGCGUGCCAAAGUAGUUAAGGAUUGGACAACGUCAGGUGGUGUCCUCAUGAUAGGAUAUGAGCUAUAUAGAUUGUUAAGUAUGAAAAAAGAUAAAAAACCUCGUAAGAAAAAGAAAGCGGAUGCAAAGUUGGAGGCGGAGAAAGAGAAGGAAGAUAAGAAGAACGAUAUGGGGAAUGAUGAUACCACUCAGGGCUCCGAUGGUACGACUAUGACUAAAACAUCAGACGAUCGCACGGAAGAUGGAGGUGAAAUCAAACUAGAACUUGAUAAAGAAGAUAAGAGGGAAGACACGUCCACUGAUGAGGAUAAGAAGCUUCUAGAUGAAAUGUACGAAGCGUUGGUAAAGCCGGGUCCGGAUCUGGUUAUUUGUGACGAAGGACAUCGAAUAAAAAAUUCUCACUCGAACAUUUCGUAUGCUCUCAAGCAAAUGAGGACAAAGCGGCGUAUUGUGCUAACUGGUUAUCCACUCCAAAACAACCUCCUAGAGUAUUGGUGUAUGGUGGAUUUCGUGCGUCCGAACUAUUUGGGUAGCAAAACGGAGUUCUGUAAUAUGUUCGAGCGGCCCAUACAGAACGGACAGUGUAUCGAUUCGACGCCGCAGGACAUUCGACUAAUGAGAUAUAGGGCGCAUGUACUGCAUUCUUUGCUGGUCGGAUUUGUACAGAGACGAUCCCACGCAGUUCUCCAGUCGACUCUACCUCAAAAGGAGGAAUACGUGCUUUUAGUACGUUUGACGCCGUUACAAAGGAAAUUGUACGAUCGAUUCAUGAAUGAAGUCGUUCGCUCGGCGUCCGUGCCUAAUCCGUUGAAAGCGUUCGCUAUUUGUUGUAAGAUAUGGAAUCAUCCCGACGUCUUGUACAACUUUCUAAAGAAACGUAGCGAGGUCAGUGCGCCUAUUGAGGAAGAUUUGGACUUAGAAGAGAUCGGUGGAGUUACGAAGUCUGGCAAAGCCAAGAACAGUAAAGCUCAGCCGAGGCGACCGGGAAAGCCUCGGGGUUCUUCGAAAAAGCCUGCAGCGACAAUACCCCCAAAUACAACGGCGCCCAUCCCGCCUAAACAAGAAGCGUUCAAUAGCACGCAAUAUCCAAACGCUCCAUACGGGCCUGGGUAUAGAAAUGACAGACCCGGUAACUACCCAUAUCCAUACCAAAACUCGGCCCCGAGCUUUUACCCACCCGGCCAAGGUUAUAACAACCAAGAAUAUGGGAAUAAUUACUAUCCCCAACAACCAUACGAUAAUAACUAUUCAAACCAAUACCCACCCAAUCCAGAACAAGGAUACAACCAAAAUUACUGGGGCAACAACUACUAUGGAAAUUCUGGAUAUUACAAUAACGCCCAGUACCCAGAAGGCCAAGCCCCGCCCAAUUUUAAUGCGGCCAACCAACCGGGCUUUGAAAAUUCUCAACAGUAUCAAGCUAAUUAUAAUCCAGCCAAUAAUAGAAUGUAUCCUGGUGCACCUAAUAAUCAAUAUCCAAGUGGGCCCAAUAACAACACUUACACUAGCACCCCUCCGGGCAGUUCGUACCCGCCAAGUAAUCCUCCAAAUAAUGCCCCAUUUCCACCUGUACCGGAUAAUGUACCGAACAAUCCACCAUACCCUAAUCCUACUCCAAGUUCCUCUUUUCCCACAAAUAGCACUCAUAAUAAUCCCCCUUUUCCCGGUAAUGCUCCUCCGCCUAAUAAUACUUAUCCUCCAACUAAUCCUCCGUUUCCACCAAAUAAUCAGGAGAAUUAUCCAAAUCCGCCCCGACCUCUGCCAUAUCAAGACCAAUAUCCUAAUCCACCUUAUGGCCAGUACGAGUCAAAUAGUGGUCCGCCACCGUACCCAAACAGUCAAGGCCCACAAAACUAUAAUUACCCACCCCAACAGUACCCAGGCAAUGCAUAUCCCGCAAACCCACCAGCGCCGUACCAAUACGACAAUCAAGCUAACUAUCCCCAAAAUUAUCCGCCUCGUCAGGAGAACCAACCGGCGAUUAAAAUUGAAAAUAAUGGAGAUCCAACUUUUUCGGCUAACGUGAAAACAGAGCCCAAUAUUGCACCCCAAACUGCACCGCCAUUUGGACCUUAUAAUUACAAUCAAUCUAACUCAUAUGAAUCCCAAGGAGAUUAUAGUCAAUUUCCGAACUAUUCUCAGCCAUUAGAAACAAAGCCGCCUCUAUGUAGUGCCAGCUCUAGUAGUCCUGUGACGUCAUGGCCGAUUCCAGAAACUAUGAAAUCCGAACUGGAUAGAAUAAAGAAUGAAGAUAAAAUAGAAAUGAAAUCUGAGUCCGAUGGGGAGGUGAAAAUUGAAGAUUUAGAUACGAAAACAAUUGUCAAAGAUGAAGUGAAGAAAGAAAAGCCCGCGAUAAACGAACUGCCGAAAAUUGAAUUAAACAAAUCAGAUACGAAAAACGCGUCAGAUUCAGAAUCGGAAACGCCAAAGAAAGGCAGGGGGAGAGGAAGAGGUAAAGAAAAGAAAGAAAAAUCUCCACGUCAAUCGAAAGCUAAAGCCAAACCUAAAGGCAGAAAGGAUAGGAAGACGUCGAAAGAGAAGAACGACGACUCCGAAUCGGAGCAGAGUGAGAAAGAAGAAAAGCUAAACAAAGAAGAGGAGAUGGCCCUUGUAAAGAAAGCGGAAGAAAUGACAUACGACUGGGCAACUGAUCUAUUAAAGGAUUACACGGCUGGCAUAAUUGAAAACUCUUCGAAAAUGGAGUUGUUUUUCUACAUUUUGAACGAGAGUAUUAAGAUGGGAGAUCGCCUUUUACUCUUUAGUCAAAGUUUGUUUACAUUGAAUUUAAUCGAAGAUUUUCUUGAGAGAAAUUACAUUCCUGGAACUAACCGUGUUUGGGAAAGGAACACGUCCUAUUUCCGUUUGGAUGGAUCGACCCACGCCUUAGAAAGAGAAAAACUCAUUAAUGAAUUCAACGCAAAUCCUCACGUUUAUCUCUUCCUGGUCUCAACAAGGGCAGGGUCACUCGGUAUCAACCUGGUGGGAGCGAACAGAGUGAUCGUAUUUGACGCCAGUUGGAACCCUUGUCACGACACGCAGGCCGUGUGUCGGGUUUAUAGAUACGGUCAAAAGAAGCCGUGUUUUGUUUACCGUUUCGUUAUGGACUGUUGUCUUGAGAAGAAGAUUUACGACCGUCAAAUCAACAAGCAAGGGAUGGCGGAUAGGGUUGUUGACGAAUGUAAUCCGGAUGCUGUACUCUCUAUGAAAGAGAUAACUAACCUCUGUUUCGAUAAUGAUGAAAAGGAAACGGAGCCAAAGGAUCUCCAAGAGUUCAAGGACAAAUAUCUAGACGUAUUGAUGCAAGGCAUCCUGACGCUUCACAGCAAACUGCUGACGAAGGAACCCUUCCAACACGAAUCACUACUUGUCGAUAGAAAAGAGAAGAAGCUGUCCAGUGCCGAGAAGAGAUUGGCGCAGAGAGGGUACGAGUUAGAGAAGAAAGCUGCACUAGCUCCAAAACCAACAACAUCGUACCGCACAGUGCGCACGGCGGACGGUAGUUUGGUUCAGCGGCCUGUCGCGUCCGUACGGCCGAUGCAGCACGGUGCAAGAUGGAUCCCAGCUGAUGUAUGGCGAAGACAGGGCAUGACAGCGCAAGAGAUGACAUUGCCGUUAGAUGUGGUUAUCCCAACGAACUCAUCUGAAAAGACCAACAUUGUUCUAAAGGCUGGUCAGCGAGUGAUGGUUUUGAAAUCCCCUAAAGGGAUUUAUAUGCAGCUUGAGUCUGGAAAGAUUAUUGCGAUCAAGACAGCGCUUAAAGGACUGGGGCCAAAGGGCGAAACUAAGGAAACUCCGCUUGGAAAGAAAAUUAUGAGUAGUCGACCGUCACCUAUAAAUAUUCCCGGAUCACUUAAAAAUAAUUCCGCUAUCACAAUCACUUCUAAAUCUGGUCCUCGCUUCCAAAGAUUACAAACCAGACCUUCGUUAAUGGGGCCAAAAAUGUCUCGGUCGCUGUUGCCAGGACAAAAAAUAGCAGAAAUCAGAAAUCGUUUAGGAGAAAUGCGGUCUUACGGCCCCCGACCAAAAUUACCAACUCCGCAAAUGAGAAUGCUGAGACCCGGGCUACCUGGCACCCUCAGCAUCACAAAAAUUCCCAAAAAAUCUGACGAAAGACCGAGGAGCUUUGAAGAGGAAACUCAGAUUUUGGAUAGCGAUGACGAUGAAGGUAGAAGUGAACCAAGUCCCGCAUCGGAUAAAGCUGACGAUGUUAAAUGUGAUAAAAAAGAAGAGUCUAAAAAUCAAGAUGUCAGGGAGGAGGACAAAGAUAAGACCCCAAUAGUAUUGACAACGACUGAACAACUGCCCCCCGAAGACGUUCUAGAAACGAACAAAAACGAACCAGAGAAGCCCGGACAGGAUAAUCCAAUAAACUUAGUGGGUAGAAAAGAGAGUAAGAUCAAUCUACUGAAAAAUUACAGACACAAAUCUAUCAGCAGACCGCAAACUGAAUCUAGUCUCAGCCGGUUAGAGAGAACGGCAAUCGCAUUGAACAGUGACGGAGUCCCAGAUUUCAGAAGAAACUUGGACGAUAUCACCCAAUCCUACUCCCCAGACGAGAAGAGUGGUAGAAAGAAGAAGUCACCGCAGAAAAUCGAAUCUCAAGCGAUGUCUCACUCCGUGUCCAGUUUACUUGGAAACUCCAAGCCCAGGCCGGAGUACAGCUCUGGUAAACCCCAAUCCAUGCCUUUGAAUAUGACACAUAGCGGACUGAUGACUGGCGGUUCCACGACAAGCAACGAAUCGAGUGACUUGCAACCUUCCAACUCCGUGUCGCCGAGCGAACCGUACCCAAGUGGAAGUGGACCUCCGGAAGGUUUUGGACAAUAUCCAGGCUAUGGCAUGGGCUACGGCGCGUACCCCAACCCAGCGUACUACGGGGGUUAUGGGGGCUAUUAUCCCCCCUAUGCUCCACCAGCGCCAUUUCCACCACCCAACACCACGACAGACCCAUAUUUGCCCCCUAACCCACAGUGGUAGGAAUCUUCCAAUGUGUUAGUGUUAAAUAGGAAAUAUUAAAAUUAUUCAGGUAUAAAAUACUUAAGACAAUUGUGUGUCUCUUCGGCGUACUGUAUACCAUGUCAUAAUACACUUUUAUCGGAUAAAAUUUAUAAUUUAGUUUAUUAUGUCAUCAGAUGUCAAUUGUGUUGACGUAUGAAGUCACAGGCGUCAUCUAUGGAAGAUUUAAUUAAUCAAAUAAAAGUUCUGUAUUAAAUUUCCGAAGAUAGCGGAAAUAAACAAUUCUAUUUGAAAUAGAACAUUUUCAAUAUAUUUUUAAAAUGUUAAAGAGGCAGAAGCUAUAUUCCUCAAUUAAUUACAUUUUCGUAUAGUUUUUGUUUGACAUGGACAGUAAUUGAUGUAUGCUAAACUGUAAUUGACAUUAAAAAACAUAGAAAUCACCAAAAACUGCGUAAAAUCUCAAGUCAAUGUUAUGUUAAUAAGGCGUCUCUUGCUGUUACGCUGUGAUGAAAAGCGAACAACGGUUUUUAAAUAAGUCAAAUCAAAAAACGUUUUAUAAUUGAAAGCUUUUUUAAAUUACUAAUGAUGUAUUCGUCUCUUUUUAUCACAGCGUAAAUACAAUUUGGGAGAAAGAGACGAAAGAGUAUUCAUAACUUGAUUCGAUAACAAGUAAAUGGGUUACAACAGUGAUUGCCAACCAUUUUGUGCCAUGCCUUUCUUAAAUUCUGCCCAUCAUACAUAAUUUUAAUAUUAAAAAAUGAAUUGUUGACUUAAAAAGCUUUGUGAUAGUUUUUAGGAAGAAAUCAUUAGGGAAUAUUAAAAACAAUGAAAAACGUCGAGUCUAUUUUCAAUUGGUAGAAUUUUGAUAUACAGUGUAAACUCUAUACAAUGACACUGAAGGGACUAUAUAUUUUAUGACCUUAUAGAGAGUUUUCGUUAAAUGGACAGAAAGAAAGAAAAAGUUUAUUUCAGACUAGUGUUAGGAGUUAUGUACAUAGAAAAGAAUCUUAUUUGCUAUAGCGUAUAGUCGGUUAUUUUUGUCUGACGUCUUUUACUGGACCUGUAAUUUGGUUGAAUUUUUUCAAUUAUUUUAUUCAUAUCUUGCAAUAUUGAGGUAUCUUGGUAAUAAAGGAAGUAUUUUUCCAAUAAUUUAGCUGAUGCUAAGCUUUUUUAAUGCUCGGCGUUGAAAGAACAAAUUUCUUAGAAAGUUCGUAUGCAUGAUGUCGACAAUCGAGUUUAUUGUGGUUGUAUAAUAAAGAGACAAAAGAACGUAACUUAAAAAGUACUUUAUUACUCAAUUGUUGUCGUUAUUGAGUGCGUGUAAUGCUAUGUAGAGUGUAGAAGACAAGCUAAACCAACCAAAGCCAAUUGAUUUCGACGAGUUCAAUGGAGUUUACACUGUAUAUUAAUAUUUAAAAAAAUGCGAAAUUAACACAACAAAAUCUAGUCGUCACUUACUAGCUAGUUAAAUUUGGAUUCGUGAAAUAAAUUUGAUAAAAUACAUUCUAAAGUUACCUUUAAAUCAUGUUUAAAUUUCAUCAUAUUUUUUUAUGAUAACUUUAAUCAAUCCCAUGUAUAAUAAACAUAUUACGGUACUAAAUUAUUUUCAGACAGCACCACUUAAACACAAAAUGUUUUAGGUGUGUUUUAGAAACGGGAAUUUCAAAAUCUAAUACAUUUUUGACUUAGACGACUCAGAGCGGUCUCGUUUCUGAAUGUUCCUUUCCGUAUUGGGAGUUCGAGAUAACCUCUACUAGUACAUUGAUAUAAGAACAACUCACAAAUGAUUGGGUAACUAAAGGCCUGGCUUGUUUAUGUUAAAAUUUAAAAUCUCGGAGACGGAUUGCCGUUAUUAGAACACUGGUUUAGUCGUUAUUCUCUCUGAUAUGUCAUUGUUUUGACACUUUGUAAUUUCAUAUAUUUAGUUUAUGAAAUUUUUUAAUUGAGAUUAAUUUAACAAUCUAAGCAUUUAGUCGUGACAUUGCCGUCUUAAAACGCUUCAGAAGAGAGGAAUUUUUUGGUUACCGUCUUUUGAAGUUUUUAUUUGAGGAUUUAUAGUACUUAUUAGGUAUGAACAAUUUGAGUGACUACUCAGCGAACGCAGUAUUUGUGGCUAUGGAGCGAUUGUUUGUGAUAAGUUAGUGUAAGUUAAUUUAAGAAAUAUUUAUCGUCAUAGUGUCAGAUUAACGUUCAUAUAAUAAGUCACACAAAAGUCG